CAGAAUUACGGGCACUCGAAGACGGUAGUGAUUGCCUACCCGCCUCUUUUGGAGAGUCACAUACGCGUAAACUACUGCGCUGGAGACUCACUUAUCGCCUUUGGCCGUGGUCCACCCUGCUCAUGUUUCUGGCUAAACUUGGUAACAGUCCUCGGGCUCUCUGCUGGCAUGGGGUUCGAGGGAUUCAGUCGAGCGUAUCAGUCGAGAGAACGAUUAAGAAGUACAAAUCUAUGGAGGACCUACCCGGACCGAGUGCUGCGACUACUGUCUAUUGGCUCUUCGUGAAGGGCUACGCGAACCGCAGCCACGCUAUGCAGAUUGAGCACAAGAAGCUUUAUGGUCCAAUUUGGCGCUCCACUUUCGGCUCUUUGGAACUGGUCAAUGUGGCGACAGCUGACCUGAUUCAGCAGGUGAUCCAGCAAGAGGGGAAAUAUCCAGUGCGCACCAUACUCUCACAUUGGAAAGAGUACCGAGACCUCCGAAAACAGGACUAUGGCUUGCAUGUACACACAGGAAAGGAGUGGUACCACAUUCGCAGUGCACUUAAUCCUAAAAUGCUGAAGCUCAAUGAAGUGAAUGCCUAUGUACCAGUGGUGAACAAUGUGGUGUCAGACCUUCUGCAUAGAAUCUACUACCUACGAGAGCAGAAUCCUGAUGGAACUACAGUUAACAACUUAGCUGGAGAACUCUACAAGUUUGGCUUUGAAGGUAUCUCAAGCAUCCUUUUUGAAACUCGCUUGGGCUGCCUAGAUAAGGAGAUUCCCAAGGACACACAGAAGUUCAUUCAAGCUGCAGCGGAUAUGUUAACUCAUUCAGAGACAGUCCCCUUGUUCCCCAAAUGGACCCGCUCAUUUUUACCCUUCUGGAAAAAAUUUGUCAGCGCCUGGGAUGACAUGUAUAACGUAGCAAAGUCACUGAUUGAUCAAAAAGUAAUGGAGAUUGAAGAAAAGACCAAGAAAGGCGAGGUAGUGGAUGGGAUGUAUCUCACACAUUUGCUUGUCAGCCGUGAACUUUCCCUUAGUGAAGUGUACAGCAGUUUGAUGGAGCUCCUGCUGGGAGGAGUUGACACGACAUCCAACACCCUGUCAUGGACCCUCUAUCACUUGGCUAGAGACUGUGCUGUGCAAGAACGCCUUUACCUUGAAGUCUCCUCACUUUGCCCGGACCACCAGAUUCCCACUAAGGAACACCUUUCCCAGAUGACAUACAUGAAAGCUGUCAUAAAGGAGAUUCUGCGGUUAUACCCUGUUGUGCCUGGGAAUGGGAGGAUAACAUUGGAAAAUGAGGUCAUUCUUGAAGACUACUUGUUUCCAAAAGAGACGCAGUUUCAUCUGUGCCAUUAUGCUGCAUCUUGGGAUGAAGACAACUUUCCAAAGGCCAGUGAAUUUCUUCCAGAGCGAUGGCUGAGGGGUCCAGAGAAAUUCAAACAUCACCCCUUCAGCUCAGUACCUUUUGGAGUUGGUGUGCGGGCCUGUGUGGGCAGAAGAGUGGCAGAGCUGGAAAUGUACUUGGCACUUGCAAGGCUGAUCCAGCAUUUUGAGUUCCAGCCAGAAGUUAAUGCAAAGCCAGUAGAGCCAAGAACCCGAACUCUCAUGAUUCCUGGUGCGCCUAUCAACAUGCGCUUUAUCUCCAGGAUAUAAAGAUAACCUUGGUUUGUGGUGACCCUCCAACAAUUUACAUCUGUGGACAAAAAUGGAAAUGAUUCAUUAACAGAGAGUCAUUAAAGUUGUUUUGCAAAACGGACAUGCUAAGAAUGGCUAAGGGCUGAGAAUGUUGUACUACAUAAAAAUCUAUAAACUUUUUGGAUA